AUGAAGUCUGCUGUCAAAGACCUGGAAGCCAACAUAAAGAGCAUCGAGGAAGGCUUCCAGAGACACCCGGAUCCCGGUGUGGGUCGACUGCUGAAGGAGAGGAGGUCGGAGUUGAGCUCCUUCCUGCAAGAAAAGGGUGAAGGGAGCGCUGGACGACCACCGACCAGGGAGAUGAGGACCCACGGCGUGAUCAGUUGGGGCUGUAAGGACCCCAAACUGAGGCACGUGCUGUCUCUGAGACGGCAGGCCUUCAUGUUCCUGGACUCGCCGACUCAGACCCUGGAGGUGUCGUUCCGGGUGAAGCACCUGGACGGGUCGUACGCGGUGUACGCGAGCUCGGGGCAGAUCAAGUGUUUUGAGUGCGGAGACGUGGGUCACAAGCGCUUCUCGUGUCCGCAUAAGAAGCAGAAGAGAGCGGAAGCCCCGGCCGCUGCGGUUCGAGGUUGGGUCCAUUGUGCGCUCGUGAAAGCGUACGCACCUUUAGUGUCGACGCAUCUCGUCUGCGCGUAUAAAAGGAAUCAGAUCGCUUCACAACUUCAUCCACUGCAGCGCAGAACUGAAACUCAGAGCAGAAAAGAAAAAUCACGACUGCAGAACCAUGAUCGCCAAGAUUUGUGUCGUCCUCGCGCUGUUGGUUGUCCAAACAGUCGCACAGACAACAACCGUCGCUGCAACAACCGUCGCUGCAACAACCGUCGCUGCAACAACCGUCGCUGCAACCACCGUCGCUGCAACCACCGUCGCUGCAACAACCGUCGCUGCAACAACCGUCGCUGCAACAACCGUCGCUGCAACCACCGUCGCUGCAACAACCGUCGCUGCAACAACCGUCGCUGCAACAACCGUCGCUGCAACCACCGUCGCUGCAACAACCGUCGCUGCAACAACCGUCGCUGCAACAACCGUCGCUGCAACAACCGUCGCUGCAACAACCGCUACAACCAACGCUACAACAACCGCUACAACCAACGCUACAACAACCGCUACAACCACCGCCGCUGCAACCAUCAACAACAUCAGUCUCUUCACAGUCGUCGUGGCGACGAUGGCACACCGACUUCUGUCCUACUGUUGACGGUCCUGAGUGCAGAUCUUCUUCUGUAAUAUCGAAGUGAAGGAUUCAUUUGAAGGUUUUAGAUGCUGUACAUAAUUAUAUUUGCUAAUUCAUUGCUGUUAGUGUGGAUUGAGGGAUGAUGGUGUGCGUUUGGCCAGAAACCACACUGGACCUUCCUGGAGGACUCUGCUGGUCUGGGAUGAGAGGGAUCUAUAAGGAUCCAAUCCACGGGCCAAUCAGAGCAUCUGACUGUCAACGUGUUGUCUGUUGUCGCUUCAUCGGUUAUAAAACAUGCUUUCCAAUAAAGCUCUGGCUAAGUUA